UGGCACAACCCGACCCGCCCACAGUGACCAACCACAGUUUCACAUAUUGUGAAAUUCUGAAGCUCUCACCAGAUCAGAUCAAAGUGACCAACCACCGUCUCUCUCUCCGGCGGGGGACGACUCUCUUCUCGACCACACACGGACACGAAUUCAGAUCCAUAUUCCCUCUUUUGAGCCUCAGCAAUUCUGUCUCUCACGGGCUUGUUUGAACUUUGAAACGGGUUUGGUGUUUGGACUUUGAAAUGGGUUUGGUUUCUGCUUUUUAAUUGCAUCCGUUGGUGAAUUUCGGAUUUCUGGGCUUUUGUUCAUGAUAAUAAGGGGACAUAUCUUCUGGCAAGCUUGACAUUGAAAUUGAAUGCUUUAUAUGGUCCUCUUGUUGUUUUACUAGGAUGGGAGAGUUAGCGGCGGAGAAGCAUGCCAAUUACAUUGUAUCAGUGGAAAAGAAAAAAGGGUCAUUUGAAUCUGUGGUGAUUGAGCAUUUGAGAAUGAAUGGAGCAUAUUGGGGGCUCACCACUCUUGACUUAUUGGGAAAGCUUCAUGUUGUGGAUGUUGAUCAAAUUAUUUCAUGGCUCAUAAGUUGUCAACAUGAGUCAGGUGGUUUUGGUGGUAACAUUGGGCAUGAUCCACAUGUAAUGUAUACCCUAAGUGCUGUGCAAGUUUUAGCCCUCUUUGACAAGCUUGAUGUUCUAGACAUUGAAAAGGUGUCAAAUUAUGUUGCUGGGCUGCAAAAUGAAGAUGGAUCAUUUUCCGGGGAUGAAUGGGGUGAAGUUGAUACAAGAUUCUCCUAUAUUGCAAUAUGCUGCCUUGCAUUGGUGCAUCAGUUGAAUAAAAUUAAUGUUGAGAAGGCUGUGAAGUAUAUAGUUAGUUGCAAAAACCUGGAUGGUGGAUUUGGAUGUACACCGGGUGGAGAGUCUCAUGCUGGGCAAAUUUUCUGUUGUGUGGGAGCUCUUGCUAUUACGGGGUCUCUGCAUCAUAUCGACAAAGACCUUCUCGGGUGGUGGUUGUGUGAGCGGCAAGUCAAAUCUGGAGGUCUUAAUGGGCGCCCAGAGAAACUUCCAGAUGUCUGCUAUUCAUGGUGGGUCCUUUCUAGCCUGAUCAUGAUUGACAGAGUACAUUGGAUCAACAAGGAAAAACUUGUGAAAUUCAUCUUGGACUGCCAAGAUGUAGAAAAUGGAGGAAUUUCAGAUAGACCAGAUGAUGCAGUUGAUGUCUACCACACAUACUUUGGUGUAGCUGGACUUUCACUUCUUGAAUAUCCAGGAUUGAAAGCCAUAGAUCCAGCCUAUGCUUUGCCGGUUGAUGUUGUAAAUAGAAUUUUCUUGGGCAAAUAAUGAUCCUGAAGAACAACUUAUGAUUCUAAUUAUAACUGAACUCACUGUUUUCUCUUUUAUAGGAAAUAAAGAAAAUAAUUUAUCUUUAUAUUGGAGUAGAAAUAUAUUGUUAAAGGUAUAAUGCUUUGGACAUUGUUUUGAAUCAAAUGCAGUCUCGUCUCGUGAUCGUGGUCAUUUGAAUCAUGAAUUGUAUUUGAAUGCGAAUGAGAAUGAGAAUAUAUUAUUCUAAACAA